AAAAGCUCGCUCUCCGGAAACUGAACGACUGAAACCACCGCCCGCCUCCUCGACCGCUCCGCCGCUUUCCGCGGCCGCCGAUGGAGAGCCUCCGCCUCGCCGUCGCCCACCGCCCUCCUCUCCCGGUACCGGCGCCGGGCCACCUCCGCCGCCGCCUCCUCGUCCACCACCUCCCCGCCCCUCUCUCCCUCCCCGACAGCUCCCUCUCCCUUUCCUCCCCGCAACACCAUCGCCUGACCCCCAUCCCUCGCCGCCGCCUCCUCCUGCCUCUCCUCGCCUCCCAAUCACCCGAUUCUAACCCCGAGCCCGAAUCCGCCGGCGCAAAGAUCGUGCCGCUCGUCAUCUCCAUCGCGGUCGGCCUCGCCGUGCGGUUCCUCGCGCCGCGGCCCGCCGAGGUGAGCCUGCAGGCAUGGCAGCUCCUCUCCAUCUUCCUCUCCACCAUCGCGGGGCUCGUGCUGGGCCCGCUCCCCGUCGGCGCGUGGGCCUUCCUCGGGCUCACGGCCGCCGUCGCCACGCACACGCUCCCCUUCACCGCCGCCUUCUCCGCCUUCACCAACGAGGUCAUCUGGCUCAUCGUCAUCUCCUUCUUCUUCGCGCGCGGGUUCGUCAAGACCGGCCUCGGCGACCGCAUCGCCACGUACUUCGUCAAGUGGCUCGGGAGCAGCACGCUGGGGCUGUCCUACGGGCUUACCAUCAGUGAGGCCUGCAUCGCGCCGGCCAUGCCCAGCACCACGGCGAGGGCCGGGGGCGUGUUCCUGCCCAUCAUCAAGUCGCUCUCCCUCUCGGCUGAGAGCAAGCCCAACCAUCCAUCGUCGCGGAAGCUCGGAUCCUAUCUUGUCAUGACGCAAUUCCAGGCAGCUGGUAACUCAAGUGCUUUAUUCCUGACUGCUGCAGCACAAAACUUGUUGUGCUUGAAAUUAGCAGAGGAGCUUGGUGUUAUUAUUACAAACCCAUGGGUGUCAUGGUUCAAAGCUGCUAGUUUGCCAGCUAUUGUCUCUCUGCUUGCGACGCCAUAUCUGCUAUACAAAAUCUUCCCCCCUGAAACAAAGGAUACCCCUGAUGCCCCUGCAUUGGCUGCAGAGAAGCUGAAGCGCAUGGGUCCUGUGACUAAAAACGAAUGGGUUAUGAUUGGCACAAUGAUUCUUGCAGUCUCCCUAUGGGUUUUUGGGGAUGCUAUUGGCGUGUCUAGUGUUGUGGCUGCAAUGCUUGGGCUCUCCAUCCUUCUCCUGCUCGGUGUGCUAGAAUGGGAUGAUUGCUUGAAUGAAAAAUCAGCGUGGGAUACAUUGGCUUGGUUUGCAGUUCUGGUUGGAAUGGCAGCACAACUCACUAACCUGGGAAUUGUUUCUUGGAUGUCAAGCUGUGUCGCCAAACUACUUCAAUCUUUCUCAUUGAGUUGGCCAGCAGCAUUUUGUGUUCUUGAGGCCUCCUACUUCCUUAUCCACUAUCUAUUUGCAAGCCAAACUGGACAUGUUGGAGCCUUGUACUCAGCAUUUUUGGCUAUGCAUGUAGCAGCCGGCGUUCCUCGUGCGCUUUCAGCACUUGCUUUGGCAUUCAACACAAAUCUGUUCGGCGCACUAACGCAUUAUAGUAGUGGGCAGGCUGCAGUAUACUUUGGAGCUGGGUAUCUCGAGCUUCCAGAUGUUUUCAGGGUUGGUUUUGUAACAGCCUUGGUUAACACGUUGAUCUGGGGAGCUGUUGGAUCCAUUUGGUGGAAAUUUUUGGGCCUCUACUGACACCGGCUGCCAUGCAUGUUGACCGAAUUUUUCCUUUGCUGAUCGACAAAUUGCUCUUCCUCAUGGUUUGGAAGUUAAUGAGCAUAGUAAGAGAAUAAUGACCGUUGUUCAUGCUAGUAAGCUUUCUUUGAAGUGAUCAGCACACUUAGGGGAGUUCUCUCAGGCUGCUACGGCAGUCUUGUUUCUCCAUCUUGUAUAGUUACUCAGUUCUCUCGCAAAUCUAAGUUGGCCUGGAAUUGCUUUUGUGGGAAGAUUCCUGAGUCAAUUUUGCUGCAGUAUUUUUAUUGUUAUUACUUUUACAGUUAAUUCUGUAAACUUUGGUCA